UUUUAUAGAUUAAAUUAGUUUGCUCCCUUUGCUGUUAUCUCACUAACGUUGUGAUGACGUGUCAUUGAACUUUACUCUCCUAUUUUGCUCACUUAAUUAUAAAAUAAAAAUAAAAGGUGGUCGGACGCCACUAUCGACCGUCGUAGAUGGUGGCCAUUCAGUUUCAAAUUUCUUGGGUCUCUUCGCUUCGACAUCUUGAGUCUGAAUUUGACCUAUAUUUUGUCAAAAUUUGCUCCGAAGUCCACGAAUUGGAGAUUGAAAGUGAGGAAGUCGAAAAGUUUCAGUUGAGAUUCACAGAUUUUGAGAUAUUUUUCCUGUGAAAUAACCAAUAGAUUCAAACUCAAAGGGUCGAGAUGAACCGACUCAUGAAUUUUGAGAUCGAAUGGCCACCACCAAUGAUGGUAGACGGUGGCCAUAAUGAAAAAAUGUUGUGGUGGUCAGCGGUGACAACCAAUCAUUUUAUUUGCAAAGUAACGAGAAAAUGGGAAGAAAUAAGAUGAUUUGAAAUGACGUCGUUUUGAUAUAUAUUUGAGUUUUUCAAAAGGACAUCCUUUUGAUGCUUGUGACAUGUCAUAACAUUGUUAAAAAGUUAACGACAGAGUGAGCAAAAUAAUUCAAUUUGUAAAGUUAAGUGAAUAAAUUAAAAAAAUUGAAAGUAAAGUGAGUAAAAUAAGAGAGAGUGUAAAGUUGAGUGAGGAACUAUGUAAUUUACCCUAAAUAAUUUUUUUAAUCCCGAAAUGACCCUUAUCCACGUACACCAAUUUCCUCUCCAGAGACUGAGCCGUGGAUGACGGAUCCAAUAAAAGAUCGACACGUUGAUAGAACAAUAUGUCACGGUUGAUUACUUUAUCGUUUCCCCGUAAGUGAACUUCGAUAGUUGGAUUCUCCAUUGCUUUUCGUCCAAGAAUGCGACAUGAAGUAAAAGGAAAUUACUAAUACUGACUUAGGGUUCUACAAUUUCCGUUUUCUUUUUAUAUCCCCAUCCCCCCUUCUUUCCAAAGAGAAGCGAAAGAAUCACUCCAGUUUUUCUCAUCUGCAGGAGGCAGGGUACCAAUUGCUGUAGAAUAAUAAAGAAGUUGCUAUCUCUUCUCUGAAGUAAUUGUAAAGAAAAAAAAUGAAGAGGAACAUGUGCAAAAUGACGCGUGCGACAUGGAAAUGUACAGGAUUGACACUAACUUCAGUUCUAGGAUUUGCACACCGACUUUUAGGAGAUGGUGUCUUUUAGUUUGGUAGAAGAAAUGGCAGCACCGAAUGCCACAGUAUUGGAUAGUAAGCCUUCGGUUUUGCAUGGCUCAAAGAGGAAGCUGGCAACACAGCUUACGACAGAGUUUCCUGGGGCUUCACAUGUGAUUUCACCUCGGUUGCCUGGCUUGUGUUUAGCUUCCCAGAAACAUGGCAAGCGCAGGAGAUUAGAUGAUUGCAAAGGCAGAGUUGUGAGUUGUGGUUUUACUUCAAAAAGAUCUUUGUUACUUUGCUAUUCAAAUUUUAAGAAAACAGGCAUUCCAAAGCGCAUAAUGUACUAUGAGAAGGGUGAAUGGACUGAUAUUCCCCACGAUCUUAUUGCCUCAAUCAGGAAAGAUCUUGAUACAAAGAAGCCAGUUAUUGAGGCUGAGAUAGAUGGUCAAUCUUUUCUGCUAGAUUUCUUGCAUAUGUUUCAACUGGAGCUGGAAACUGGCGUAAUGCACCCGAUUGCUUGGAUUGAUGAAGCUGAUGGCUGUUUCUUUCCUGAGACUUUUACCAGUGGUGAUGGAGAAUGCCAGUGCUGUGAACAUGAAUAUGUGAAUGAUCAAGAAGAUAUGUUUAGUGAAUCUCAUUUCCCCCAUGAGAUCAAGCUUCACCUUGAGAUUGACAUUAAUGGUGUUGAGCAGCCAAAGUUGAAGGAAUGUAGUGGGGAGUCGAGCUCUUUUGAGAGACAUAUUCAAAUUGCUCAGAAACCUGCCUCUAGUUAUUGUGCUAUAGAAGUUGAGGAUAAUUGCAAUAGGGAUGCUGAUGGAGAACCCAAGAAAGCUGUUGAGGAUAUUCAAGAGACAGAGAUAAACUCGGUCCAUGAAAACCAGUUUGUAGAUGUACCGUUCAAUGAGCAGUUGGACUCUUCUGCUGUUGAGAACAUGUUUCUCAUGAGUAUGAACCCUUGUGGAGGUAUGGAUAUGCUUGAUAUAAAACCCUGCUCCAGUACACAAUAUAGAUUAGAAAGAUUCCUUAAACAGGUUGAAAUCAUGAAAAAGUAUAGGGGUAUUGCAAAUGUUCAAUGUGCAUGGCUUGCUUCCUCCAAAGCAGCAUUGUCCACCAUCAUGAUGCACGGGCUUGCGCACUGCGGUCUUUCUGCAAUCCCACACUUAUAUGGCUCUGGUAUUCAUCUUGCUGCAUCAGAAUAUAUUAAUGCCAGUGCAAAGUAUUGUGAUAUUGACGAAAAUGGCGUACAGUACAUGAUAUUAUGUCGUGUAAUAGUGGGAAAGACAGAGCUUCUUUGCCCUGGAAGUGGACAAUUUCUUCCUAGCAGUGAGGAUGUUGAUAGUGGAGUGGAUGAUCUUCAGCAUCCAAAGUAUUAUAUUACCUGGAACAUGAAUAUCAAUACACAUAUUUAUCCUGAAUUUAUUGUUAGUUUCAAGCUCUCCUCCAAUGCUAAAGGCCAUUCGAUUGGAAGUGAGGCUAAUCAUGCUGUUUCAGGUGUUACUGCCUCAUCGAAAGGAUUCCAAGGGCAUUCGUCAUGCAACAAUAUAUUCAGGAUAAAUGGGAGUAUUAAUCACCAAAAUUCAGAUUCAAGGGGAUUCCAAGAAAAUGAUCCUACUCUAGGUUCAAGGACCCCUAAAUCCCCUUGGAUGCCUUUCCCUAUGUUGUUUGCUGCUAUCUCAAAUAAGAUUCCUCGUAUAGAUAUGGACCAAGUUUCUAAUCAUUAUGAACUAUUCAGGGCAAAGAAGAUAACUCGCAGUGAUUUUGUCAAAAAGUUGAGAUUGGUAGUUGGGGAUGCUUUGUUAAGGUAAACAAUUACAUCUCUGCACCGCGAGGCAUGAAUUGGAGGUUGCAAAACAGAACAUGAAGGGUCCUGAAAGCCUCUGAGUUUACCAUUUGUAUAUUUUGAUUGCAGCUUAUGGUAAGCUCCAAAGAUAUUGGUGCUGUCAGGUGACUCGUGGUUCUUGUUAUCAAAAUCCGUCGACAUGAUAUGGACAUGUUUGGAGGUACCUACGUGGACAUAUUUGAAGGUAAAGCUCUGACUUGGUUUUUAGUGGUGUAAUUGCUAUGUACUUCUCCCUAGUCUCCUGCAACAAUGAUUUGGUAUUCUCUUAAACCCAAGACUUUGUUUUCAACCGGAACUGGCUUGCAAGCCCCUUAUCAUAGAUUUCUUUUUUUUUUCCUGAAAUUUGAACGUGCUGCAUCGAUGUUUUGUAGAAAUAAUAAUUGUCACCCGACAUUUUUCUA